AUGCAUGAGCAGGUGCGCCUCAAGUCCUUCCGCGACAUUCCGAUCGCCGACGUCGAGGUCGUCUUCCCUGGGCUGCGCGCCACCCGCAUCAAGUCGGCCGACCAAGCGACGAUGGAGGACUUCAUCCGGACGACGCUGUACCACCGCUCGCAGGACUCGCAGAAGGGGGUGCUGCUCCACGUGCUCAACUCGAUCGAGGAGCACGAGCACCGCGAGGCGCUCCUCGUCUACCUGCUCAUGCUGGCCCAGUCGGGCCCGGACGGCUCUGUGGUCGGCUCGAGUGCGGGGGGCGACAGCCCGCCGCCGCUGCCGAUGAGCGCCGCCGAGGCCGAGGUGCUCUGCAGCGCCUUUCUCGAGGCCGAGUUCGGCGUUGCCGUGCAGCUGGACACGCACGCGGCGCUGGCGCGCCUCCUCGACUUGGGCCUGGUCAGGCGGGGCGGCGGCGCGGCCUCCACCGAGACGCGGCCCGCCGACUCGGUCUACGAGGCGGUCGAGGUCUACGAGGCGGUCGAGGUCGGCCCGGCGACCGCGCGGCUGAGGGAGGCGUGGAGAGGGCUGCAGCCAGCCACCGCGGCGCGAACCGGCCGCGACGAUGGCAGAGGCGCGCGGCUGCUCUCCACGCUGGCCAUGUUCACCUCGCGACAGGCUGACGCCGGGCGCGACGACUCGCCGCGCGAUGGGUACAGCUUGUGA